AUGAGUGACAUCCGCCACUCGCUGCUCCGCCGGGAUGCCCUGAGCGCCGCCAAGGAAGUGCUCUACCACUUGGACAUCUACUUCAGCAGCCAGCUGCAGAACGUGCCGCUCCCCAUUGUAGACAAAGGCCCCAUCGAGCUUCUGGAGGAGUUCAUCUUCCAGGUUCCCAAGGAGCGCAACACCCCACCUAAAAGGCUGAACUCACUGCAAGAGCUUCAGUUACUAGAGAUCAUGUGCAAUUAUUUCCAGGAGCAAAGCAAGGACUCUGUCCGGCAGAUCCUUUUCUCCUCCCUUUUCAGCCCUCAAGGGAACAAGACGGAUGACAGCAGAAUGGCCUUGCUGGGGAAACUCGUCUCGAUGGCGGUAGCUGUGUGCAGAGUGCCUGUCCUGGAAUGUGCAGCUUCAUGGCUGCAGCGGACGCCAGCAAUCUACUGCGUGCGGCUGGCCCAAGCCUUGGUUGAUGACUACUGCAGUCUAGUGCCAGGCUCCGUCCAGACCCUGAAGCAGAUCUUCAGUGCCAGCCCUCGCUUCUGCUGCCAGUUCAUUACAUCGGUCACCAUGCUGUACGACAUGUCGUCAGAUGACCUCAUCCCGCCUCCGGACCUGCUGGAAAUGGUCGUGUCUUGGAUCUUCGAGGACCCCCGCUUGAUCCUCAUCACCUUCCUAAACACGCCAAUCGCGGCCAGCCUGCCCAUUGGGUUCUUGGAGCUCACGCCGCUCAGCGGCCUGAUCCGCUGGUGCGUGAAAGCUCCGCUGGCUUACAAACGGAGGAAGCCCCCUGUCUCCAACGGCCACCCGGGAGGAAAACUUGCCAAGGACCCGGCUGCCGUCUUGGACAAGGGCUGCCAGCCCUUGUACUCCAAGCUGCACCUCAGCGUCCUCCAGGUCCUGAUAAUGCUGCAGGGGCACCUGACGGAGAAGAACCUGUACGGGCGCUUGGGGCUGGUGCCCUUCGACCACGUGGUGGCUCUCGUGGAGGAAAUGAGCAGGCUCUCCGAUGAACUCAACCCCCUCAACGCCACCAAGGAGACCGAGCUGGCUCUCGACCGGCUGGCCCAGGCCUUGCAAGUGGCCAUGGCGUCUGGAGCGCUGCUGUGCACAAGAGAGGACCUGAGGACGGUGUGCGCCAGACUGCCACACAACAACCUGCUCCAGCUGGUGAUCUCGGGUCCAGUCCAGCAGCCCACCCACGCUGCUUUGCCCCCUGGGUUUUACCCCCCCAUCCACACACCCCCUCUGGGGUAUCCCACCCAUGCAGCCCACCCAGCAAUGCCAGCUCACCCAGCUCUCCCAGCUCACCCCGUACAGACAUUCAUUCCAGGCAUGGCGUUUCCUUAUCGGCCGAUCCGCUAAAGAAACUGGACUUCUCCUCUCUUCAGGGAAAGAGUGUUUUCCACCCAUUACAGAGAGAACCAACCAUUACUUUUUGCUGGGGGUGGGCUGUGCAAUUCCUCCUCCAGGAGAGACCUUGAAGGCCCUGGGCGUUAAGAUGCACAGGGGGCUGCUAGGUUGUUUGUUUGUUUGUUUGUUUUUUAAGAAACAAUCUUGUAUGAAUGAGGAGGAGACACUAAUCUGACUGGAACGAAUGGGACCUUUCUUUUUUACUGUCAACCCAGUAUGACGGUUUUACGCAGGAGGGUAAAUGUCAUGAUUUGGUAUUCCACUCAGAACAUUUGUUUGCAACUCCUUCCUCCCACCCCCCAUUAGGUGAAGAAGUUUGACUGGUUCUUAUGCAAGAGAGCCUGGAGAGAACAGCCCCGCUGUGUUUUGUAAGCUGUUUUCUUGGGGUCCUUUUUAUGUGAAUAUGUAUGAUUUCAGUGCAAGUACAUUUUU